UCAUGUUGGCUGAAGGUGCAGAGUUGCAGUGUUCUCCUGCUGAUCCGGUUGCAGCGGAGCACCCUGUUCAGGGUCUGCUGGAGAGGUUUCAGGUGAGCCACGGCUGCGCUGCAAGAGAGCAGGGGAACAAGGAAACUCAUGUCAUCGCUUUGCAGCAAGCAUCCAGCAGCCCUGGCAAUGUGGUGAUGGUGUUCCUUAAACCCCCCUCCAGCGUUCCUCUCAGGGCGCUCCAUCUGGUGCUCAGCUCCAUGCAUCCAAUCACAUGGUCGCUGAAAACUGAGCUGCUGCCCCAAAACCUCCCAGUAGUUGUGCAGGUGUCUCCAAACUCCAGUGUCCGGUCACAGACUCUACACUUGUGUGCUCAAACGGUUCCUUCAUUACCUUUUCGCCUCCGCAAACUGUAUCACUGGGCUCUGAAGCACCACGGUAACCUCUCCUCACUGAUCCAUACCAAGCAAGCCAAUCGGGUCUAUAUCCAACUGGGGGAAGAUCCGUCCCUUCCUGAUGUGUGCCAGCUUCAGUCCUUAUCCCUCUUUCCUAAUUACAUGACCUCUGACUUGCAGCCACAAAAAGUGAAGGGCUGCACCCAUCCCAGAGGAGGAGAGGCUAGCCCUGAAGUCCAUGUGAUAAAGCUCCAUUCAGCAGGCUCAGCGCUAAGUGGCUCUCUGCAGGUGGAGGUAAAGGUCGCUCUUUUGCCUCCGGCGGCCCCUUCAGGACCGCACCAGGUUGUUCUGAUUCUUAGCAGCUUGGUCCCGGUCAACUGGGUGAUUACAGCUCCUGCUGUCUGGGGUCACAUCACUGUUCAUUCCUCCAACAGCAUCUCUCCACCAUUUCCACCAGGGCCUAACCUAACCCUGUCCAGCAGGCUUGUGUCUGACCUCUCCACAGUCUCUGAUCCGCUGGUGUGGGCCUCUGAAAGCGGCUACACUAACGUUAGAUCUUACACCGAGGCUGACCUGGCCAAUCGCUUUGUGAUCCAGCUGGCAGAAGAUGGGACAGGCCAAGAGAGAUUACCUGUGGUGAACUGUGAGGGCGGUCUGCUCAGUGUCACCAUGGAUCUACAAAAACUAAAGAGCUUGUCUUUGCCAGCUGCUGCCAUGACGCUGCGGGAUCAGGCAUGCCAGGCUGUGUCCAACGGGAGUCAUUUCCUGUUGGCACUACCCGUCAUUUUCUGUGGAACCGAGGGUGAGCUGCAGGAAGAGCCCAGAGGAGUGCUGUACAAAAAUAUGCUGUUACUGUGGAGGGACAAGCCUCAGAGCAUCUCUGCACAUGGAGAGAAUGGGAAGCUCAGACCACCCUUCAGUUUGCAUAUAAGCUGCUUUGCCAAAAGCCACUCAAAAUCUACUGCUGCUGCUGAUAAUGUGACCCUUCCUCUAAUAGGACGGUUUACCCGGGGGGUACGACAGCAUCUCCAUUCAGUUCCACCUCCCCGCCAUUUACCACCUGCCAUACUCAGAUCGGGGCCUGCUCUGCAUUUGAGGCUUUUUGUAACUGACAGCUAUGAGCAGACGUGGACUGGGCCCUGUGUUAUCACCGCUGAACACCGCGUCUUUGCAGAGAUAUCUGCCAGAGCCUCCCUCGCAGAUGUGGUGCAAGUGAAGUCAUGUUUUGUAUCUCCUCAGUCUGACCCUAAAAAAUCUCCCUUUUGGACUGUAAUACAAAAUGGCUGCUCGUCAGACUCCUCUUUUAACCUCAACACAAAGACAAACGGUGACAGUGAGGAUGAGGAAGAUCCUGGUGUAACAGAUAGACAUGAAGGUGGAGGAUAUGAUCACAAGGAGAGAAGAUUCCCAGAGUUGAACAGCACACUAAACAUAGGAGAUUUGGGCCAAAUACGACGGUUGAGAUUUAGUUUUAUCCUGCGGCCAGUUUAUAAUGAGCCUAUGCAGUUCGUCCACUGCAGCCUCCUUCUUUGUCUCUCUGACUCAGCAGAUGGGAAACCCUGGAAGGAAGCAGCAGGCGAUAGCUGCCAGAGUGGGACACAGAUCCCUCCACUAGUGUCAGGGUCAUCUAGACAUCAGUGUGUUAUCAGAAACCUCUCCAGACCCAUGGUGGUCACCCGGCCUAUUAGUUCACUGGUAACCAAAACAAAACCCUCUGCAGGUCCAAGAACAAACCGGACACAAAGCUCCGGUUUCAUGUUGCAGGAAGGACCGUUGAUGGGAAUCGUCUUUGCAGCUUUUUUGGUUGGAGUCAGUUUAAUGGGGGGACUGUGGUGCAUCUAUACAUAUACAGGAUUUCCUCCUGCAAAUCUGAGAGAGAAGAACUGGGACAGGGGUUGCAACAGCUUCUGUGUGUUUUUUUUUCUGUAUGUGUGUGAGAACACAGCUGCUUCUCUGGUGUGCAGAGCCGUUUUUGCACCUCUAGUCGUGUCAUGUGCUGCCGAGAGGAGGCCUGAAAACAGUGAAUACAGUAGAUCUUAAUCAUGCGCAGCGUUCUGUAAACGGACACGUUUUAGAUUCAAAGCGAUAAGUCACUAGUUUGAUGAUGUGGGCCACUCAACUUUAAGCCUCUGAAGAGACCUUCAUCUGGAUUCCACGAGGCCUAAAGAUGGUUACGGUGACUCAAACAGAGAGCAGAUCAUCGUCAUCUUCUGGCUUGCAUGGUAGACAAGAUGCAUUAAAUGAGAAAUGCUGACCCAUUCGUUCAGCACAGGCCUCAGCUUAUCUCGGUAUACUGAUACAUAUUCUGUCGCUGUUG